GUAAGUAACAAUAAUAACUUGUAAGUCUCACUUUUUUAUUUAUUUUUUGAGCAAUUUAAUACUAAAGCAUUAAAUCCUUCUUGUGCUGUGUAAGUUGGACCGAGUGGUAAACUAUAACUAAACUAUAGGUCAACAAUGCAUACUUCUUCCUUUACAUUAUUUUUCCCCGUCCCCAUCUUCUUUUGUAUUCAAAACAGCAACCCAAAAAGUUUUUCAGCAUUUAGAUUUUUUUGUGUGAAAUACCCAUGUGUACUCAAGUUCUGCUCGUUUCUUCUGCAUUGCUUUGUAAAUCAUGAGUAGCCAAUGGGUGUGGUGUUUACCUGGAGGUCAGCUACGUAAUCAUUCACUGCUCUUUAUAAUCUGUGUAAGUUUAUCGUUCAGUGCUGUGGAAGUGUGUCUGCAGGUCUGCAAUCAUCAAACUUCAAUCUAAAGUAUCUCAACCCGGAGUUUAGAAGAGACCAAACUGACAACUUGAUAAGCUGAGCCUGCAUCAUGGAUCUUAACGGAGAGACCGUGGCUAGAGCAGAACUACUCAAAUAUGCCUGUGAUCUCACUCUUGAUCCCAACACGGCAAACGAUAAUUUAAUUCUUCUAGACGACAAUAAAAAGUUGGAGUGUGCUUCAGAGCCAAUGUCUUAUCCCGAUCACCCAGACAGAUUUACCGGCCUCCCGCAGGUUCUGUGUAAGGAGCGUCUGUCUGGACGCUGCUACUGGGAGGCCGAGUGGAAGGGGCAGGGUGACAUAGUGGUGUGCUAUGAAGGAAUCGGCAGGAAAGGAGAAAGUUCUGACUGUCGAUUUGGAGCCAAUGACAAAUCCUGGAUCAUGAGCUGCUUUAUUGGAGAGAAACUGAUUGCCUGGCAUAAUUGUAUAGAAGGGUUAAUUCCUCUCCCAACAACUCCCCAUAACAGAAUUGGGGUGUUUCUGGAUGAGCCGGCUGGCGUUUUGUCCUUCUUCAGCAUCCCUGAUGAAAACACACUCAAUCACUUGUACACAUUCAACACUGCAUUCACUCAACCCCUCUGUGCCGGAUUUGUGCUUUAUACUGAGUCAGUGACUCUGUGUUAUCUUAAGUAAAAGAGUCAAAACGAUUGUUCUUUCUUUCACCCCCACACAAGCCUCUUAAUAUUUUAAGCACACAUGAAACACACAAUGAAAUUAAACAACUAUAAAAAUAUCACACUGUGAAACCCACAAUAUUAAGAUGCUCAAACCAUUUAAGGAAACCGUUUGCAACAAACCCUUUAAGUUCAAAAUCUAAUGCUAAUGUGUACUGUGAACUUAAUCCAUUUGUGUAAACGAAGCAAUUAGUACUGUGAACUUACUGUUA